AUGCCACACAGGUUACCAAACUUGUCUCAAAAGCUAAGGCUACAACCUGCUUCCCUGGUUCCCGCCGUCCUCAAGAUAGCAGCUGUCACUCCCAUCGUCAAAAAACCUGGUCUCGACCCCGAGGACCCCAGCAACUUCCGGCCGAUCUCCAACCUUCCUUUUCUUAGCAAGAUCAUGGAAAGAGCAGUUGCUGCCCAACUCCACCAUCAUAUGUCCGACCAUGAGCUCUACGAACCCUUCCAAUCAGGCUUCAGAUCCAACCACAGCACAGAGACGGCCCUUAUUAAAAUAACCAAUGACCUUCUCACAGCCGCCGAUUCAGGCCUCGUCAGCAUCCUUAUCCUCCUGGACAUCUCCGCCGCAUUCGACACAGUCUCCCACACUAUCCUACUCAACCGCCUAUCCCUCUACCUUGGCCUCUCUGGUACAGCCCUCUCCUGGUUCCAUUCCUACCUCUCCAACAGGCAACAGUUUGUGACCAUCGGAAAAUCCAGCUCUCCCCCAGCCCCUGUCAACCAAGGUGUGCCGCAAGGUUCGGUGCUCGGCCCCCUUCUAUUUAACAUCUACAUGCUCCCUCUCGGUGAAAUCAUCCGCCGACAUGGUCUCAACUUCCACUCCUAUGCCGACGACACCCAACUCUACAUCAGUACCAAUCCAUCAUCCCAGCUACCCCCACUGUCACUUAUUGAGCGUCUCCAGGGUUUAUUGGAGCAGGAGAGGCUGACUAAUCAGGACAUGGAGUCUCUGGGGGAGGAACUACUGAAGGAAAAACUGAAUCUGGAGAGAGAUGUGCACACUCUGAGGGCGGAGAAAGACAAUCAGAUCUCAGAGUUGGAGAGUGAGAAGCAGCACCUCUCUGAUGCCGUGGCGUCCCUUCAGGAGCGCGCUCAGUCCAACAGCGAGGCCAGGGUCCGCGAGGUGGAAACCGAGAACCGCCUCCUGCACCAGAACAUCACUGACACCAGCUCCCGAUUGGCCAGCUUAGAGACCCAACUCAAACUAGCCAAUGAGGAGGCAGAGAGGCUGGGGAGCAGGGCGGGGCGAUGUGAGGAGCUGGAGCGAGAGACGGCCAGGCUGGAGAGGGGCAGGGACACUUUGAGCAGAGAGCUGGCCUCUCUGCGUGUUUGCAGCGAGCAGUCGGAGGCUCUGGAGAAGCAGGUGUCCUCCCUGGAGCAGGAGGUGCACCGGCUGAAGCGGGAGCUGCAGGAGGCCCAGAGGAGCAGCAGCGGCUGGGGGAGGCAGGAGGCGGAGCACAGCCUGCUGUCCAAGGAGAACCUGGACCUGCGCUGCUCCAUGGAGAACCUGCGCUCCUCAUCCACCCGUCUGGCCUCCCUGCAGGACGAGCACAAGGAGGUGCAGGGACAGACUCAGGAUCUGCAGAGGAAGCUGGAGGAGGCCAGAGGGGAGGCGCAGGGAGAGAAGAAGAGGGCAGAGAGGCUGGAGCAGAACAUGGCCGCUCUGAACCAGGAGAAGCAUCGCUUAGAGGAGGAAAUACAGAGAAGCAAAGAGGACAGGGAAGAGGAAGAGAGGGAGAGGCAGGAGACGCAUGUCAGAGAGGAGGAACUGAGAAGGGAAGUACAAGAACUGAAGAAUGAGCGGAAACGGAGGGAGGAAGUGGAAGAGGAGAGGAGGAAGCUCCAAGUGGCCUUGGAGCAGGCAGAGAAGGGCAGGAAGAACCUGGAGAAGGAGAGCUGGAGGAGCAGGACACUGCUGGAGGGGAAAGAGACGGAGCUGGAGGAGAAAGACAGGAGGUUAGCCACAGUGGAGAAGGAGGGAGCAACUCUGAAGAAGGACAUGGAGAGGCUGAGGGAGGUGUCGGUCAAAGCCAAGGAGCUGGAGAAGGAGAACAAAGAGCUGCAGAAACAGGCGACUAUCCACAAGAGGACUCUGGCCACGCUGAGAGAGGAUUUGGUGUCAGAGAAGCUGAGUGUCCAGCAGCAGAGUGUUGACCUGGAGAGACUCAAUGAAGAACUGGAGAAGAUGGGACUGAACAAAGAGAAACUGCUGCAGCAAGAGCACACACUGGAGGACAGCAGGUACAGGCUACUGGAGUCUCGGCUUGAGGAAACCGUCCAGCAGACAAUGAAGAUUAAAGAGGAGAAGAUCUUUUCUCUAGAAAGGAAACUGGAAGAGAGCAAAAAGCUCAACACUAAGCUACGAGCUGACCUAUCCACUGGGGAAGAAAACCACAACUCCCAUCAUCAUUCGGAAAGUGACCGGGGUCAAGGGUCAGCCACGGCAGAACUGCUAAAAAUCAAAGAUCAUAUUAUCGAUAUAGAAAAGAAUAACUCCUCCCUGCUGACGGAGAGCAGCCUGCUGAAGGGGCAGCUCAAACAGCUGGAGAACCAGAACACGUCUCUGAACAACCAGAUGAUGGGGCUGCAGCGACACACCUCCACCCUGCAGGAGCAGAACUCGUCACUACACAAAGAGACAGCAAAACUACAGGUGGAAAACUCCACAAUCUCUUCCCAGAGUGCAUCCCUCAUGGCCCAGAAUGCCGUGCUGCAGGGUCAGGUCACGGCCUUGGAGUCGGAGGUGGAGUCGUGGCAGAGGCAGCGGGAGGAGGCGUGGCGAGGCAGAGAGAGCGUGCUCAGCGAUCACGAGCGCCUGCUGAACGUUCACGAGAGGCAGGCUCAGGAGUACGAGCAGCUGAUCAGUCAGCACGCCGCUCUGAAGGGCAAACAGAGGGCGCUAGAGAGCGAGCAGCGCACACUGCACAGCAAGUAUUGUAUUUUGGUGCAGCAGAAGGAGAAAUGGGACGAGCAGGAGGGGCACGGCCGAAAAGAGAAGGAGGAACUCAACCAGGAGCUCCAGAAGACUCGGCUACUGCAGCAGGAGAAUCUACAGCUCAAAUCAGAAGUGGACAGACUAGCAGAGAGCCAAUCCCAGCAGUCCGGGCAGUGUGAGGGGCUGCAGCACCGAGUGAACGAUAUGAAGGGCUUACUAAGCUCCUCCCAGCAGGAAGUGAGUCGAUGGAUGGCACAACACGACUCCCUGAUGGAGCAACACCAGGGCCUGGAUCUCACCAUGACCAAGCUGGACAACCACUGUGAGCUGUUGAGUCGACUGAAAGGGAACCUGGAAGAGGAGAACCACCAUCUGCUUAGUCAGAUCAACCUGCUGAGUCAGCAGAACCACACUCUCCUGGAGCGGAGCAUGGAGAGCAAAGAGCUGUAUCACCAGGAACAGAAACUAUACAUAGAUAAGCUGAACGCUCUACGUCGUCAGAAAGAAAAACUGGAGGAGAAGAUCAUGGACCAGUACAAGUUCUACGACCCCACACCUAAAAAGAGGAGCCAGUGGUCCGGAGCCAAAGCUUUGGCCAAACUGAUCAAACCCCGGAAGGAGAGCAGCAGGGAGCGGGGGGGCGACCGGGACAAGGAGGCAGACAAAGACCGAGAACGAGCCAAGAGCGCCCCGGACAUCCCACUGCCCUCCCCCCCUCCCCUCCUCCCUCCUGAAACCCCCCCACCACAUCACCAGCGCUCAGGAAAUUACACGCAGGCCAGCAGCCAUGCCCACAGUAACCAUAACAACCACACCGCCAGUCUGGGACCCCAGAGCCCAGCAAUCACACCCAUCAGCGGAGGUUUGACGGACAGGGGCCGGGGGGGUUAUCGUAGCAGCACCCCAGGAGGCAGCAGUGAGAGUGUCAACGGAGAGAACGGACAUGGACAAGCUCCGGCCCACAAAGCUCUGAGCUCCACUCCCAGCCAUCAGUCUCCCUCACUGGGCCUCCCUAACAACUCCAACCCCCGACUGGGAGGCCCGGCCCGCCGGCCCAGAGGUCUGUUAUUUGAUGAAGACUCUCGCCACAACACUUCCGACUCCAUAUUUAGUCCGCAUGGCAACACGGGAGGUCUCCCGGGGUCACACAACACCUCAAGCUCCAACUCACCCGUCAACUGCAGAGACCCAUCAGAUCGCCAGACUCGCUCAGCCAGCCUCUCCAGUGAUGAUGUCACGGGUCUCAGCCAAUCACAACUGGCUCUGUCACGUAGCUCCACCCUUCCAUAUGACCACGUGCCCCAGAGGGCUCAACCACAACGUGGGGUUGGGGUUCGGAGUAAGACUUGUACGUCUUCUCCUGUUAAGGACAUGUUGACCCUGGAAGAGUUUCUACAUGAGAGCAACCUGAAGUCACCUCCUAUGGUGUCAACAGGAAGCAAGGAGGACUUAAUGACUGACUACUUCACCAGAAGUCCCGCCCCCUCGGGUCCCCCUGGCAAAGAUCAGACUCCUACCAGCUAUGUCACGCCCACUGUACAGGCAUCCAACCAGAGGCCGGGACAGAGCGUCAAGCCGUUGCCCCGCCAGCCUGUGGGCCAAUCACCAGCCUCGGGCCAGACCGUCAUCCAGAGGUCCGGCCAAUCACUGAGCAGGGCGUUCAGCCUGGCCUCGGCUGAUUUGCUGCGCUCAAACGGACCAGACAGUUUCCAUGGAAAUGAUGGCCAAUCAGAUGGGGUUGUCCGCAGACCAGGGGCAGGGGCUAACGGGAGGGAACGCCCUCUCUCUGCUCGGCUGGCUGGCCCAACCAAUCAGCCUGCAGACAGCAGCUUCCUGAAUCUGCCCAUUCACCAUUCCACCUCUCUCAAUCUGCAGACAGAGAGACACGCAGAGAGAGAAAGAGAGAGGGGGAGGACUCCUGUCUCUCGGAACGGCCCCUCCCCGUCCUCCACCUACCACAAGGUGGCUGAGGUUGCCAUGGUCACCCCUGUCAGGGCUGUGUCGGCCACGCGGCCUGAAGAACCCUCAGUAAAAGGGGAGGAGCUAAUGUCAGGUGACUCCUCCCAUGUAGAGAAGGAGAGUGAGAAGGCAGGGUGUGGAUCUGUGGAACGGCCCAAAAGCACGCCCUCGUCCCCCGAUCCCAACAACGACCCUCAGACUGUGUGGUAUGAGUAUGGCUGUGUCUGAACGCCGACCCAAAGAACCAGUGUGGCUCAAAUCUGGAACUGGAUACAGACUGCUGGAGGCUGAUCAUUGGAGCUUUACAAACCCUCAGACAAGUUAUCAGUCUCUGAAAUGUAGAUAAAUGCUUCAACUCUUGGAAGUCUACUCUUUGCUCCGAUUCAACUGGAAAUAAGUCCAAGAGCUGUCACACAUGCAUUGAUCAUGCGACAUUCCUGCUGAAAGUUCGACAAAGUUGAACUCCAUCGGAUAAGAAGAUGCAACUUUUAAAACCUGGAAAACAAAGCCACAUUUUGAAGGAAACCAUGUAUUUAUUGAAUCAAAAGCUGAAUCGGUCUGAGGUGGAUGCAAUAUGGAAGGAUUUGAUGUGAACACACCAACACUAUAGAUGGUCUCUGAGGAUGCUGGAGUACAUUGUACACUGUACUCACAAGCAGCCUCCAGUCCACACCAUGGGGUUUCCAAAGGUGUUGCAUUCACUGGCUGUUUUUUAAUAUUGAAUGUUUUGACCAGAUAAUAAAAAAAAAUGUAAAGACUUGAACACAUAUAGAAAUGGAGAUUGGAGCUGAGAAUCCCUAACACUUAAAGCCUGCAGGUACAGAGGACAAGAAUACCAAGUGUGGGCUCAGUCUAUGAGCUGGAACUCUUUGACUGUUGGCCUGCUGGGGUUUCCCUGGAAUCAACCCGGAACAAACCAUCAUUCAAAACAGUGGUUGGACUGAAGUGAAGGCAAACGGAAGCACCUGAAUGUAUCGGAUUUCUCCUCCUUUUUCUGUUGGCCUCUAUUAUCUAAAACACACACUGGAAUACAGGAGCCGGAGGGGGGAAGGAAGGGGGGGUGAAGCAAAGAGAGUAGAAGCAAGUGAUGGAGGAAGGGGUUGAGGGGAGCUUUAUUGCGAACACUGAUGGAUGCUGGGAUGGACAGAUAUAAAAGUGGAAGCAGUGACUUGAGGAAGGAAAGACAAAAAUGACGGGCAGGGCUGCUCCCAGUUAAAUUACAGUCUUUCUCCCUCCAUCUUUAGACUCUGUCCCAGCAUGCAACACACUAACACUUUACUGGAAAUGUUGUUCUUCCCGAGCCAACACUAGUUUCACAAACACACACACCAAUACACACACACACACACACACACACGUGUAUAUAAAUAUAUAUAAUGAUAUAUACAGACGGAGGAAUUGUCCUUGAGGGGCUUGGUUGUGGCCUUGCUAACCAUUGAGCUGGACUUAAUUCACACACACACGCAGCACAGGGUGAACCACUGUGUUUUUGGGAGAGUGUACCGCUGCAUGCUAAGUGAGCCGGACAGUUGUAAGUACGACACAACAGAGAGGGAGAGACCCAGAGAGGAGAGUUUGCAUUGAAUGAAUUAGCUCUGCACCAAGUGUUUGCUCGAUUCUCCAGUCAGUGAACCGAUGAUUUUGUCCUCAGCUCAAGUGUCACUCUGGAACUUUGGUGCGCCAUGCAUAUAUCACUUCAUACGAGCACAUGUUCUAUUGAGUGGUGCAAGGAUAAACAUUUUUUAAAGGCAUGGCAAAGGGAUCCUUACGGUGGCCGACAAGUGCAAAUGCGCAAUAGCAUAACAAACGUCCAUCAGGGGAAAUGCGCUGGCAUUUCUAACAAAGGAUGCAAAUGUAAAAACACAAAUGUGCCAAAGCACGUGCAAAUAAAGAAACAUCUUCACCAACUUCAACUACAACAUGGCAGGCGGCUGCACAUGGUAACCGCUAAGCUAAAGGCGGCUAAUGUUCGGCCUGAUGCCAUUUAGUAGUCUCAUGUAGCUACUAUCGUUUCUUAUGACAUGCUAACGCUUCAGACGUUCAACAGUGGGGUAUUUACUGACAUCCAUUUUAGGCAUCUAACCAAAAACACUCAACAAAGGCUCAUUUCUAAGUUAAGGAUUUGUGAUUCCUGCACUGCUCUAUUAUGUCCUCUGAAGCUUCUUGACUCUAUUCACAACAGCGUCUGACAUACUCACUUUGUAAUCAACACAGAGAUUAUUAAACGCGUCUUGUCCCUUUAUUAAAAGCAGCAAGAUUUACAAGAUGUUCAUCUUUCACACACAUUUCACUGAACUAUGUUUCAAUCACACACAAUGCUGUCAGACUGGGAAUGAUGCACAAUGAGUCCGAUUCAAAUGGAGACACAUUUAGCUUUGAGUGUUUUCCUCACCACUCUCGGGAGGAUUUAUAAAUACUUGCUUUUUGAGCCCAUUAAACAAAGAAAAGAUGAGGAAGACAUUCAGGAGACAGUCGGUGUUAAAGGAACGAGUGAUUGAUAUGCUAAUUCUACUGAUUUGACCCUGUACUGCUGUCUGUAAUCACUAACCCAUCCCUCCUGCAUUGUUCAUGACGGAGGCAAAGACGUUCCUACAAAGCACUAAAACGAUGAUGAUGAUGAUGAGGAAGAUACAACACUGGAGUAUGAAGCUUUGACUGGAACCACUAAGCGUUCCUCUCACCUUCCCACAUGUCAAUAUGCAACAAAGUAAAUUAUUAAACCUGUAACAUUUGUACAUGACGUUAGAUUUUAUAAACAGGGGAAAGGUUUAGAAGACUUCUGGACUAACACUUCGCCUUAAAGAAACAAAUGUUUGUUGAUACCAAAAAUCCAGAUCAAUACCUGUAAAGUGAAGUGUUUGUUGUUGUUAUUGUAUUCGUUAGAUCAUUUUAGCAGAUGGUAUGACACUGUAGGUUGAUGCUGUCUAUGUACCUGCUUCGUGUGUUUGUGUGUGUCAGCACUCAUUUCAUUAUUAGUUCCUUACGUGUGUCUGUGUUUCAAUUGGCUGAUGUCAAAAGAAAACAACAUUGACAUUUCGUUAUUAGAAAUAGAACAUUCCAAGAACAAUUGUUUUUUAAUUGAAACUACGCCAUCACACACACACACACACACACACGUGUCUCAGUUUUCUGGAACUGUGUGUGUGUGUGUGUCCUGACUGUUUGUCUGUGUGCCUGCUUUGUUUACUACCUGUGUGUCCACUUUAGUUACUGUCCCAUGAUUCCCUUCUCAUUCUGUGGUUGUUAUUGAUACACUUUGAGAGGAGCAGCAUCACCGGCUGCUUCCUGCUCACUGACUGACUUCAGAUGUGGUGUGCUCUCACAGUCACCGCAGAUCAAUACUGAGAACCAAAUAGUCAUGAAGACGUUAGAGAGAAGUAAAGCAGCGCUGACGUAACGGAUAUUUCCUGCUGUAACUGGAAUAACCUCUCCUUCACUUUAUGACUGCUCUGCUGUGAUGAUGGGACUACUGUUGAAAGCUACUAUUGUCAUUGACUGCUGUGAUUACACCCAAAAGCUUUGUGGUAAUAAAGAUGUAUGAAAAUGAA